AUGAGAAGAUGUGGUUCAACUCCAUCUUUGCCAAUCUUCGUCGUUCACGCUCCAACAUCAGGCUACGAUGAGAAAGACGAUAAAGCUUUCUAUAUGGGCCUGAAGAAGUUCUGCAGAGAAGAUCAUCAUAUAAGAUCUGAACGUGGGAGUUCCCCGGUGGAAGACACCGUAAUGAAAUACACCACAUCAUCAUCAGUAAAGGUUCUGCCUGACGGACGUCGCUGUUGUGCCAAAGUUCAUUAUGGGAUCGGACCAUCGCCUCCUCCGAGGAAGAUUUUCCUUCACAAGGAGAGAAGAGAAAACCGCGAAGUUCACAAAGCGAACUCUCAGAACCAUCAUCGACUGGAAGCUCUUCGCUUCGUUUAUCGGUUUCCGGGAAAGUACCGUCAUGGAUAA